GCAUCACUAGUGCGCCGUUCCAUUUCCGAUCAUAUUAGGCUUCGGCGGUGCCUUUCUAAGUUUCUUCAAUCGAGUGAUUGAACCUAGGAAUUGAACUGACACCCUUUGAUCAUGGCGGAGGAACUGAAGGACAGAGAGAGGGAGGCCGAAGUGGUAGGGGAUGAUGAGUUGGAGGAAGGCGAGAUCCCAGACGACGAGUCACCGGAGGAUUCGUCGGAUCCGAAGAGCGGAGAACCGAUCGCGAUACAGCCGCACCCUUUGGAACAUUCGUGGACGUUCUGGUUCGACGAUCCAUCCGCCAAAGCGAAGCAAAGCGCUUGGGGAAGCUCCAUGCGGCCCAUCCACACUUUCCACACGGUUGAAGAUUUCUGGAGCCUUUACAACAAUAUUCAUCAUCCAAGCAAGUUAGUUAAUGGAGCGGACUUUUACUGUUUUAAACACAAGAUUGAACCAAAAUGGGAAGACCCGGUAUGUGCAAACGGAGGAAGAUGGACUAUUGCUUGUCAAAGACUAAAAUCAGAUACAUUCUGGUUGUAUACUUUGCUGGCAAUGAUUGGUGAACAGUUUGAUUAUGGGGAUGAAAUUUGCGGAGCAGUUGUCAGUGUGCGUGCAAAGCAAGAAAGGAUAGCCAUAUGGACAAAAAAUUCUUCUAAUGAAGCUGUGCAGAUGUGCAUUGGUAGACAAUGGAAGGAACUCCUGGACUACAAAGAUCAAAUUGGUUUCAUUUCUCAUGAUGAUGCAAAAAAGCUAGAUAGGGCUGCCAAGAACAAGUACACAGUGUGAUCUGUAGGUAGAUUUAUCUAAGCAGCGUAUAGGAUAUUUGUAGGAAGAACACUUAUCGAGUUCUGCUGUUCAAACGUUCUCAUUUUAUGAGCUGAAGUAAUGUUUACAAUUAACUUAUUUUCGAGAACGCCUCUACUCAUCUUUCAUGAUAUUUUAUCAGAUAUGCAGGUGAAGAUAUUAUUAGUUUUGUAAAAUUAGACUUUUUCAUGAAAUCUGAUAGAACUUUCGUAUGACAAUUUUA